AUGACUCGUUUGGAACCGCUCAAUUCGAUUGGAAAUUUUUACGCAAAGGCCGGCCCAAGUCCUGACCGGCCGCGGCCCCUCCGCUUGGCCAUGGCGAAGGGAGUUCUGACGAUCCUGGUCGCCAUUUGCGCCGCCCUGGCUUCGCUUCGAGUGGUGCAGCAGUGCUUUUUGGCACUGACUUCGACACCACUCACGACUUCACAUGGUCGGGUGGUGAAGGUUGGAGAUGCAGACAUCGCAGAAGGCGAUUUUGCAGGCGGCGCAUUGUUUGCUGGACCAGAUAUCCCUUCUCUGGAAGGUGGCCGUGAAGUGAAUGUUGCCAUGUUCAACAAGAAGCGCACCAAGCGAGACCGAAGCGAGGGUUGGACAAAGCGUAAGAAGUUCCGCAGCUGUUCAUUGUUGGCGCGUGCUGCGACUAAGAGUGGCCGCAAG